AUGGGAUCUUCUUCAAAUCCUAGCAAUUUUCCAAGAGAUCAAAAAGAACGCAAAUUCCCUACUUAUAUCUUUUUAGAGGAACAAAGAAACGGAGAAAAAGUUAAAAGAGAUUGGCUCGUUUGGAGUAAGGCUGUGGCAUCACUCUUUUGUUUCCCUUGCUCCCUUUUUGGAUCACCUAACUUAACCAGACUCGGUGCUCAAUCCAGUUUGUUGUCUUGGAAUGGAGGUAUACAUGGAAAUUGGAGAAAACUUUCAGAUCGCGUUAAAAGUCAUCAACAAAGCGAUUUUCACCGUAACUGUUAUCUCCAAUGGAAAACAGCUACGAUUCACUUGAAAAGUCAAAAGUCCAUUGAGCAUCAGUUAGAAAAACAAAUUGGAGAUGAAACAAAGCGAUGGAAAGUAAUUUUACAAUGCAUUCUUGACGUCACAAUUUUUCUAGCUUCAAGAAACUUAGCUUUUAGGGGAUCCAAUCAAAAGUUGCUCAAAAAUGGGAAUGGAAACUUCCUUGGAGCGCUCGAAUUAAUUGCUCGCCACAACAAAACAUUACAAGAUCAUAUGCAUCUUAUUGCUAAGCACCAAGAAGAAGAAAAACGCAUGCAAGCUCAUUAUUUAUCUUGGAAAUUACAAAAUGAAUUUAUCAAGGAAUGCGGCAAAUUAGUGGUUCGAGAAGUUAUUCGAGAAAUCAAAAAAUCAAUAUAUUUCACCAUCAUCACGGACAGCACUCCCGAUUCGUCCCACAGCGAGCAAAUUACUUUUGUUUUUCGUUUUUUGCAUUUCAAUGAUAAUCAGCUGUGGGAGGUCAAAGAAAAAUUCCUUAAGCUAGAAGAACUUGAAAAGAAGAAGGGAUCUGAUAUAACAAAGUUAAUAUUGAAUGUGUUGGAAGAGAAUGAGCUCGACAUAAAAAAUUGUCGUGGUUAAGGCUACGACAACGGCGCUAAUAUGGCAGGUAUUUACAAUGGAGUUCAAGCUUUGAUAAGACAGAAUAAUCCACAAGCAAUUUUCAUUCCUUGCUCUGCUCACAGUUUGAACUUAUGUGCAGUACACGCUAUUGAAUCAUCGGCUCCUGCAAAAUCCUGUUUUGGGAAUGUUCAGGGGCUAUACAAUCAUUGCAUAAACUUUCUGUUACACGAUGGAGUUCAAGGAUUGAAUCAGUUGAGCCACUAGCAAAAAAGCCAAGAGAGAUCUUGAAAUUAUUACAUCGUCUGAAAGAGUUGGACCUUCCGGGCUAAAGUAGUAAUGAAGUGCAUUAUCUCAUUAAAUGGAUGAAUUCUUUUGAAUUUGUUGUUUUCACUACUUUUUGGUUUAAAUGUUUGAUGGCAGUUAA